AUGACGCUAUCAGCGCGCUAUGCACCUGCAUGCGCAGCGCUGAGCGAGAAAGAGAUGGAGAGUAUCCAUACAGCGCGCAUCCUUGUAGUGGGGGCCGGUGGUAUUGGAUGCGAAGUGCUGAAAGACCUCGUGCUCGUGGGUGUUGGUCAUGUGGAAGUGGCUGUCUUAUACCAGAUCGAUCUCGAUACCAUUGACUUGUCGAAUCUAAACCGGCAGUUCCUCUUCCAAAAGCAGCAUAUUAAACAGCCCAAGGCGCUCGUGGCGAAAGCUACUGCGUCUGCCUUCAACCCCGACGUGACAAUUGUCGCACACCAUGCGAACAUCAAGUCGUCCGAGUUUGAUGUGGCGUACUAUGGCUCUUUUGAUGUGGUGCUAAGUGCCUUGGACAACUUGGACACACGUCGAUGGGUCAACAAGAUGUGUGUCAUGGCACGUGUGCCCCUAGUCGAGAGUGGCACUGCUGGCUUCCUGGGCCAAGUCCAGCCGAUUCUCGCUACGCGGUUUGAGUGCUACGACUGUACCGCCCAUCCUACUCCGACGACCUUCCCCGUGUGCACGAUCCGGUCAACGCCUACGGCACCUGUCCAUUGCAUUGUGUGGGCGAAGAACUGGCUCUUUCCGCAGCUCUUUGGCGAGGACGAUGACGCCGACGAACAGGAACUCAUGCAGGCCGAGCAGAAUGGCGAGAAUGCGGAGGAGCUGGCCAAUUUACGACAGGAGGCACGUCAGAUGCGGACGCUCCGUGAGGCCUUGUACGCAUCUUCGUCGACGCGCGACGCUUGCACGCGGAUCUUCGAUAAGGUGUACAACACGGAUAUCCAGCGUCUGCUAUCGAUGGAGGAUAUGUGGGUACACCGGACCAAACCUGCCCCGCUCGAUCUUGAGCGCGCUAUGUCGACGCCUCUUCCCGACGAGACGAACGCCUCGACAACUUCGAUGACGCUGCGGGAUCGACGCCCUUUAUCGCUGUCGGAAAAUGCGGCUCUCUUCUUGUCGUCAGCCGAGGCACUCGUGCAGCGUGCGAAGGACUCGCCUCUUUCGUUUGAUAAGGACGACGACGACGCGCUGGGCUUUGUCACAGCCGCGGCCAACCUUCGUGCACAUGUGUACCAUAUUGCAGAGCAGACGCGCUUCGAGACCAAGCAGAUCGCUGGCAACAUCAUCCCAGCGAUUGCGACGACCAAUGCCAUUAUCUCCGCCUUGGUCGUCAUCCAAGCGCUGCAUAUGCUGGCAGCACGAUGGGACCAGCUGCGUGUCGUCAGCUUGGCACGUCGCGCUACGCGGCUCUUUACCUCCUUCCCACCGGCGCCGCCGCAACCUCAGUGUGGUGUAUGCCAGGAUGUGUACAUGCGUGUCGGCAUCGAUCCUGCGCAUACGACCCUGCAAGAUGUGCUGGAGGGCGUACGUACGUACCUCGGCUACGAUAAAGACGCGUUUGUUUCUAUAUCAGCAGGUACACGCAUCCUGUAUGAUCCUGACUUGGAUGACAAUGUGGGCAAGCGACUCUCCGACCUACGUGUACAGAUAGGCGAUGUCCUUGCGGUUGCCGACGAAGAUGGCCAACUUGCCACAGCGCAAUGGAUCCUGGAACGCAGUCCAGAGGGCCAGCCGUUGUACGUGGCCCACGCCGUGACCCUCCCUCGCCGCGCGGCCGUUCCUAUGACCGCAGAGUCGGACGACGACGAGAUUGUCGAGGUGGAUCAGGCCCACCUUCCCAAGAAGCGCGCGCGCGACGACACGGACGAGCCCCCCGCGAAGCGGACACGUCCAGCGGCGCCGGCGCCCAGCGCUGCGUCGGAGGACGUGAUUGUCUUGGACUAG